CGCCUUUCCCUUCUGGGCUUCCGUCAUAGUCUCUUGAUAACAGUGUGGGACUUUGGCGCUUCUCUUUUGGAGCUGCAAAGCACAUAUAACGAAGAGAUUAACACAGGGGUAAGGAGGCGUCUGUAGAAGAUUUGAGUUGAUUUCUGCGUGAGAUAGCAGUCAUUCUUUGCGGUGCGUUACCUAUCGCUAAUCUGAACGUGUUUAACGCCAUUCUGUCUUUGCUAGCGCGCGUGCUAAUCAUGCAAACUGCGAAGGAUCACACCAUGGGUAAAAAACAGAAUAAGAAGGAUGGACAGGAUACACAGCAGGAACCAGAGGAGUUUGUUGUUGAGAAGGUUUUGGAUCAGCGCAUUUUCAAUGGGAAAGUUGAAUUCUUCCUGAAGUGGAAAGGAUUCACAGAGGCUGACAACACAUGGGAGCCAGAGGAGAACCUGGACUGCCCUGAGUUGAUCUCUGCAUUUCUGGAAGCACAAAAGAAUAUAAAAGAGAAGCCUGCAACCGUAAAAAGGAAGUUGUCGGCAGAUGAGCCAGAGUCGGAGGCAAAGAAAAAAGAAGCUGAAAAACCUCGUGGAUUUGCGAGAAACCUAGAUCCAGAAAGGAUCAUCGGCGCCACAGACAGUAGUGGGGAGUUGAUGUUUUUAAUGAAAUGGAAAAACUCUGAUGAAGCAGAUUUGGUCCCAUCCCGUGAGGCCAACGUCCGCUGCCCUCAGGUGGUCAUUUCGUUUUACGAGGAGAGGUUAACAUGGCUCAGAAGAUGAAUCUUAGUACUUCUUUUUCUAUCCCUCCUCCCACAGUCCUUUGCACCUCAUGUGCCCUCGUCCUCAGGACUGAUGUUAGUUCUCAACCUUUUGUAGUUUUAGCUUUUUUGUUAUUUUUCAAGAUGUCAGAUGGUGUGAAAUACACUGCAGUUGUGAAGAGCCAUAAUGUAACUACAUCUGAACUCGUUGUGAGUACAUAGGUGAUGGUGUGGCAUUAAUUCAGGUUUUCCCCACUGUUGUUGAUUUCAUGUGUUAAAGGGCAGUUUAGAAGCCACAUCAUCACUGUCCAUGUACGCAGGGCAGAUUUUCUUUACAUGUGGCUGCUUUGCUUGGUUAAAUCACUUGUUUGUUUUCAAAAGUGAACUUUGUAUACGUUGUAAAUAUUACUUUAAGUCCAAAUAAAGGUUUUAUGUGACCAAA